AGUGUUUUUUAUUACUUUAUUGCCAGAACGAAUGCAUACGGAGCACAUGUACGAGUAUCUCAUUGAAUUUCCUCAAUUAUUGAAAUAAUGCUAAGGCAUAAAAAAUGGUCACGCAAAAUGAAAAAAAAGUUUCUAUUGCAAAUUGCCAAAGCAGCUUUAAUUAAUCAAAUAAGUUAUUUAAGUGACGAAUUGGAUUUAUUUCACAUCGCAGUUGGUCCAGUUUUCAAGGUAGCUCAGUAUUUUUCCUUAAUGCCUUUGCAAAACAUUAUGAGCUCAGAUCCUUAUCGUGUGGAAUUCAAAUAUGCAUCUGUGGCAGUUUUAAGGACGGGAUGUUUUCUAUUUUUUGGCGGAAUACAAUUGGUUUUGAUUUUGACAGAUUACAUUAGUGCUGGAAUCACUACGAGUAAUAUAGUUGGUAUUUUCUUUUUUUCUUGUGGCUUAAGUGCUUGCGUACUUUUUGCAUGUUUGGCUGGUAACUGGCCUGAACUGAUAAAAUACUGGACAAAAGUUGAAGUUGUUUUUCUUCAACCGCCCUAUAAACAGUCAAAUUUUUCGUUGAAAUAUAAAAUUCGAAUUGCUGCUGCAAUCGUUGGUGUACUUUAUGCAGUUGAACAUGGACUGUUUUUUGCUUCUGAUGUAUUUAACUAUAGAAUGUCAAAGAGUAUGUGCCAUAGUGAAGUACCUCCCAGUUACAGAGACUAUUUAACAAAUCAUUUUAUGGGAUAUAUUUUUGACCACAUCUACUAUCAUAUUCUAAUAUCUGUUCCUAUUUUGAUAUUAAAUUCGGUAUUUACCUUCAUUUGGAAUUACAUGGACUUGUUUAUAAUACUCGUGAGUCUUGGUUUAGCUCAACGUUUUCAACAAAUUGGCGAGCGAGCACUAGAACUGUCAGAAAAGAGUGUGCCUCAAUGCACUUGGCGUGAAGUUCGAUUACAUUAUGUGCAACUUUGCGAACUCGUCGAUGUUGUGGACGGGAAAAUUUCCUGGAUUAUUUUACUCUCAUCAGUGAACAAUUUAUACUUCAUUUGCUACCAAAUUUUGAAUAUUUUUAAUAAAUUACACUGGCCAAUCAACUAUGUAUACUUUUGGUAUUCCUUUUUAUACCUAUUAGGAAGGACAGCCUUUGUAUUCCUGUGUGCAUCUAAAAUCCAUGAUGAAUCUAAGGUUCCAUUACUGGCAUUGAGAUCAGUGCCAUCUGCUGGUUGGGGUGAUGAGGUUGAAAGGUUUAGUAUUCAAAUAUCAAGUGAAUGUGUAGCACUAUCAGGACGAAAAUUGUUUUUUAUCACACGAAAGCUUUUAUUUGGGAUGGCGGCUACAAUUGUGACAUAUGAGUUGGUUCUUUUACAACUCGAUGAUUUAACUAUGGGCCAUAAUCUAGGACCUUUGUGCGGAUGAAACUAAAAUUAAAUUAAUAUUUAUUUGCUUUAGUUUUUUAAUAAUCCCUAUACAAAUAAAAACAUCAGAGAAAUCUAAAAAACAAGCAACUACAUGUUAUUCAUUGGACCAGAUUGGGAUUACAAGUCGUUUACGUUUACAUUCG